GUUUGUGAUAUCCUUGCCUUCGGAGUGUCUCCCGUACUCCGUAAUCUGAUUGAUUGUUCUGAUAUACAGUGUCGGUCGUGUGUCCAAUUUAAACAACAGUGUUUCAUUGGAUUGAUGCCAACUAAGAUCGUGCUGUAAAUUAGAUCGGCUAGUUAAAUUGAAAUUGAAGAGCAUCAGCAGAUUACAGUGUUUGAGACUUGUAUGAGUGACAUUCUGCCUUCGAUCGACGGCCAAGAAUCGAUCAUCGAGAUCGAUCGAAGCGAAAGCAAAUUGGAUGUAACCUUAACGAACUGGAGCAUCGCGACCAUCACCACCACUACUAGAAGGAACAGACCACGCAUCUAAUCUGCUGUACCUACGACGACGCGUACAACGUGCUAGAAGCCACCUAGAAGUGACUACGAGCGAGUUUUCAACCGAUCAGUGCCGUGUGCCGAGAGACAGCUAUGCACAACCUUCGCAUCAACGCCAACAUCUAAUUAAUUUAAUUAAAAUCCCACAAAGACGCGCAAUUCCAAUUGCAGGUGUCGAAGUGCAGCAUUACUUUCCUCGAACUGCUUCAGUGUCGUUAACUCACAAUCAGGGAGACACAAGUUGUGACCGCUGUCUCGGCAUCCCGGGCAUCCGCCAUGCACGUGAUUGUGCUAAAGUAUGUGCAGGUCCUGUGUAUAACGAUAUUUUUCUCCAACAACGUCAACUGUGAUAAGUUACUGCUGCAUAACGAGCGGGAAGAUCAGGACCUUUACCGGAUCGGUGCGUGCACCGCCGCCUGUAUGACGGGUACGGUGGAUGCACACGCCGGGCCAGCUGACGAUGAACCCAAGCUAAAGAAUCUCGAACAAUGCUACCGACAGUGCUCCGAGGACACUCGUCCUCUGUCCGCCUGGAAACCAUUGACGCAACGGCGCGAUUCAUCGUUACGCAUCCAUCUCAUUUGCCGGGAUAGCACGAACCUCAUCAUUCGGGUGCAGCAUGAUACCGCGACCGGCAAUGACCUUCGGCCAACGGGUGACCACAAGAGUAGCCGCACCGGUAAAUCCAGCAAGCCUAGCAAAGCUAUCGAUGGCGAAAGAAAUCAAUUGAACGGACUUCCGGGAACUUCUGAUGAUGCUAGUUUGUCGGGAGAACCGUUCGGUUCGAUGUCAUCUUCCGUGGCACCGGUAGCAUUGGGAACUCAUGAUCGUCCGAGGCGUGCCAUAGGUUCAAACAGUAUCCCACCGUCUGAGCUAUACACUGACCGUGGAACUGAUAUCGGCCAUAACGCUGAAUCUACGGCACCGCUCGCAAUCUACCUGGUGAAGGUGCAGGAAAGCGAAAAGGAGCUCGGUGAUCGGAUUGUCUACAUGAGUAACGCUUCGCUGGUGAAAAUUGAAAACCUGAACCCUAACAAGCGCUACAACAUCACGGCUACGGUGCUGACCUCGGAGUACGAGUACUUCUACGUGGAAAAGGUUCAAUUCCGAACGCUCCCAGUUGAUUAUCUGCCCGGCACUAUCGUGGACGUGAAAGUGGAAAAGUUUUCCACUAAUUCCAAAAAACCGCAACUGGUCGAUGCCGUCAUUUCCUGGCGUCCGGCCACAGAUAAAACGUGUCACUACGAAAUCCUCUGCCAUCCGACGCAUUCCAGCGAGUUUCAUCAUGAAGCGGUGGACGUUCAACAGCCAGAAGUAUUGUAUAAAUACACGAUGAAACAGCUGGAUCUAAAUGCCAACUAUAUGGUGGCCAUCCGGUCGAAAAACACACAAAACUCGCAACGGGAAAGCCAACUCCACUGGCACUCCUUCUACACUCCCAGCUGUGCGGUGCAGCAGAACGGAUCACAAAUUUGUGCUGCAGAACCGAUCGAGAACCUGCGCGUGAUGGAGACGCUGCUGACGGGUGACCUUUACAAGAUCAACAUUACAUGGGACCGUCCCAGCAUUUCACCUGAUUUCUAUAUGGUCCGGGUGUACGAUCUGCACGGUUCCCACCUCGAUAAUACAUCCAAUUCUCUUUCUAAGAACGUCAGUGGAAAAGCGCUUGGACUGAUGGUGGAUUCGUUCGAAAUGUUCGGUCCACAUUUCGAGGUGAACGUAGUCGCGUACUCCAGCGGAGGUACAUCAUCGGAAAACGUAAUUAAACCUCUAGCCAUCAAACGUGUUACCCCAGACUCGUGGAUCUGGACAAAGUUGGUGUUCAUCAUUCUGUCGCCUGUGCUAAUGAUCGGAUUAUUGAAGAUAUCCGUCUCGCUGGUGUGCCGUCGGCGAGCUAAACUGAAACGGAACGUAGAGCGAUGCGAGUACUUUAAGGACCUAGAGCAGAAGGCACCCGUCGAUCCGAGUACCGAGUUCGAGACGAAAGCUAAAAACAUACAAGACCUGCUGUCCAACAGUCCGUUUCCUCCCGAGCUGAUGGUACCGAUCAAUGAUGAGCUGGAGAUUGAUGGGGAGCAUUUGAUACUGCACGAUCUACUGGGCGAGGGAGCGUUCGGUUUGGUGCGAAAAGGAACUCUGCAUCCUCCGGAGCAAUCUCCACGUCCAGUCGCAGUGAAAAUGUUAAAAGAGUGUCCCCGGGUGGAGGAUAUUAUCGAGUUUAGGCGCGAAAUGGAAGUCAUGAAAUCGGUCGGUACGCAUCCGCACAUUGUCAGCAUUGUUGGCCACUGUACGAAGAACGUACGCAAGAUGAUGCUGCUGACAGAGUACUGUGGUCACGGUAAUCUGCUCAACUAUUUGCGGUUCCAGUGGCAAAGGCUUCUGAAGCAAAAUCGAUCCCAACGGACGGUCAGCCGCACCUCAACGGUACCGGCAGGGCUCGAUCGAAUGGAUACUAUUAUGUUACCGGUAGCGGGCGAAUGCUUAACGCCUGCCCUUGGCAGUGGCAAGAAGCCGGAGAACGUGUUCAACUUCGACACUUCGUUCGUGAACGAUAAGAAAUCCAUGACCUACAAGAACCUCUCCGAUGAGCAGCUCCGAAAGCCCACUGGCAAGCGACCACAAAUCUUUGAAAACAAACUGUACCCUCUACUGAAUGACGAUGAUGAUAUCGAUAAAGAUGAGGAGCCCACCGGCAGACAACGGUUCUGCACGAACGCGUGCAAGAACGUGGUGGAAAUUAUGGACGCACACGCGGUCACCGGUGGCGUAGCAGAUGAGGAGGGUAUGGAAAUGAAGGGACACGUGAAAAUUAAACCCUGUUCCUGCCAGUCCGUCGCAAGGGAAAGAGAGCGAGAAUCGUCAACGCAAAACUCGAUCGAAAACCGUUGCUACCACCGAUGUCCUGACGAGGAGGAAGGUGAACGACAGGAUAUUGUGGAAGAAGAAUCAACGCCUACCAGUGAACAGUUGCUGGAGUUCUCGCGACAAAUCGCCCUAGGAAUGGAAUAUCUCGCUCGUAACAAGGUCGUCCAUCGCGAUUUGGCUGCGCGGAAUGUGCUCGUCUGUAGCAAUAGCACGGUGAAAAUAGCAGAUUUUGGAUUGAGUCGCGACAUCUACCAGGAGAACCUGUACCGGAAGACGAGCAACGGCAAGCUGCCGAUUAAGUGGCUGGCACUGGAAUCGAUGACCCACCAGGUUUACACAUCGCAGAGUGAUGUGUGGGCCUACGGGAUACUGUUGUACGAGAUCUGUACGCUCGGUGGCAGCCCCUACCCUUCGAUAUCGACCAACAAGCUCCUGCGCUACCUAGAAAGUGGCUACCGCAUGGAGCGACCGAAGAGCUGCAGCGAAGAGUUCUACAACCUAAUGUACUCCUGCUGGAAUCUACAUCCCGGGGAACGGCCCACGUUUACUAAAAUCGUACACAUGAUCGAACAGCUACAACAGGGCGCUGGCGAGAUGCAGGAACCGGUUGCACCCAUUAUCGAUUUGAAUGCAAUCAUCGACCUGCACUGCGCCAAAGGAUCCACAGAAGAAAACUCCUACCUAAAACCGGUCGAGUAUUAAAGGAUGAGACGAUUGGGCGUAAUUCUGCGCAACGGUACGGUGCUGGGGCCUAAUAGAUCGUAACGAGUGGCGGAGUGUGAUGGACGGAUAUGAUACCUGAUGUUUCUCGAUAUUGUAACUAAACAACGAUACCACCGACCGGUGUGAAUGAUGCUUUGUAAAGUUUAAAUAACCUGAACACGUGUCUUUUGAUGAAACUGUAUCUUUAAAUUUUUGACCACAAUUAAAGCCCGACUUGGGUGUUAAAGAGAGAA